AUGAAUGAUAAUCGACAAGAUGGCGUCCAUUCGAAUGGUUCGUGGAAUUGGAACUCACAGGACCCUGAACCUACUGCUAACAACCAUGAAGAUACUAUAUCCGAUCUGAAAAACCGGAUAUCAUUGCUGGAAAACGAGAAGAACGAUAUUUUGGGUCAGCUCGAACAGCUCGACAAUGAGAACCAAGAAAAUCUAUCUAAAGUAGUGGCUAUGAAGGAAAAACUUCAAGAUGAACUCAAUGAUCUGAAAGAAGACUAUGAGAAACUGAAGCUGCAAAACAAAAACUUAGUUAUCAAAGAAGGAAAGCUCAAGAACGAGUAUAAAGAGUUGAAAGAAAGACACACCGAAGGCAGUGACCAUCGAAAUGAUGAAUACAAGGAGAAAUGCAAAGUCUUUGCAGAAGAAAACCAAAAACUCAAAACCGAGCUGGAAGAAAUGAAAAAACAACUUGAAGUACUGAAUAGUUCCAAUGAAACAGUACAAAAAGCCUUUGAAGAAUUCAAGGUGGCAACAGAAAAAGAAAUGUCAGAGAACAAGAAUAACAUAAAAAGUAUUGAAAGUGAGAACAAAGUACUCGCGUCUCAUCUACAAAACGCAACGGAAACACUCCAUAUUUUCGAGAAAAAGAGCUCAGAAGACGAAGACAACUGUCAAAAAUUAGCCGUUAUCUUGGAAACCUACGAAAAACAAGUGAGCGCCCUGAAAGAAGAAUUAGAGAGAUGCAAAACCCAAAGCCAAUGUAGCAAAGUGGACGAAACAGAAAGCCAACUCAAAUUAGUAUCAGCAGAAUUAGAAGCACUCAAAUCGCAAAGAAUCACUGCUAGUGAAGAAACCAAGAGCUUGCAAGAUUUAGAAAAUACCCUGCAAGCUUUCAGAAUGGAAAACAGUGAUCUGAGAGCUCAGAACGAAGAAUUGCAAGGACAAAUCAAUGGUAGAAUGGACAUAGAUCUAGAAGAAGAGCUGGAACAUAUAAAAGCAGAACACGUGGCUCAACUGAACCUCUUGGAGCAAGAAAUGGAACAAUUGAGAAGUAACGAAGCUAAAAACGCAGCAGAUGAGAAACAGAUCCAAGAGUUGAACGAUUGCAUGAAAACGCUCAAAAUAGAAAUCAGCGACUUGGAAGAACAGAACAAAGAACUAGCAGCGACCCACGAAAAAGUCAUGAUACAGCUGCACGACCAAUACGUGAGUAUCAUAACGGAGAAUAUUAAAAAAAUCCAGGACUGCGAGAAACCUUCAGAUUUCCAACAGUGCUUCCAUGAGGAUGACCAUCAAGUCGCUGACUUCAGCAAACAAGUAGAAAACAUAAUAAAAAUUCUGCUGGACUUGAAAUGUAAAUGCCGAACUCUGGAAAACAAAGUCAUUAACCUGUCUGAAGAGAAAAACAAUAUCCUCACCGACAAAAACCACGAAAUUGAGAAGCUGAUGCACAACUCUGAGAUUCUGAGUCAGGAAGUUUUGAGAAAAACUCAAGCUAUUAAAGAGUAUGAAAAAGAAAUCAGCGACUUAGCUUCCAAUAACGACCUCUUGAUCACUGAUCUCGAAGCUUACAAAAGCAACUCAGUGUUACAAACAAUAUCAGAAUCGAAUGAAGACAACAUGGUGCUUUUAGAAAGUCAACUAGAAAACGCUAACAGAAGAAUAGAAGAUCUAAAUAAAAUCAUCGAUAAUUAUGAUAAAGAAAAACUGAAUGACAACAGCUUGCAGGGUGAUGAAAUUGAUAGUCCUGUACAACAGUUGAAAGCAACAGAAGAUGAAACUUCGGAGAAAGCAGCAGACUACCAAUAUCUUCUCAAUUCCUUUGACCUUCUCCAAAUUGAACACAACGCCCUCAAAAGUGACUUGGAAGCUUCCAGGGAUUAUCUUCAAGUCAUCAACCACGAAAAAUCAGAACUCGAGUCAUCCUUAGAAAAAGUAAGAACUGAUUAUGAUAACCUUGAGUAUCAAAUCAGCGAGUUGAACGUAAGUAAUGAUGGCCUGAAGGAAGAAAUAUCAGAAUACAAAAUUGAAAUGGAAAAUUUGCUGAAAGAAAACUCUAAGAUGAUGUUCCUAAGUGAAGAAUAUAAAGAAAGUAAUGAUGAACUGAGGAGUAGGUUGAAUUUUCUGGAGAGAAAGCUAGCAGAAGGGGACAAGGAAAUAUCAGAGCUGGAAUUGCAAGUGAGAACGCUGACUGAGAAGCUUCAGAUAUCCAAAAUGGCGGAAACAAGUUUGAAACUACACUGUGAACAGAAAAGCAAAGAAGUUACUGUACUUUCGGAAGCAAAACACAACCUGGAAUUAUCUUUGAAUCAAACCAAUGCUGAUCUUGUGCAGUUCCAAAAUAAUUUCGCGGAACUACUGUGCAAAAAUGAUAAGUUAGAUAAAGAUUUGGAAGAGUUGAAAGAAGCUGAUAAGGUGAAACAAGAACAGAUAAGAGAUUUAGAAGAACUAGUGAAAAGUUUGAAUGUAAAACUCGAAGAAUACGAAAACCAGGAGCAGAUGAAAGAACCAAGAGCUGAUGACCAAACUAAAAACUUGAUGGUACAUGAAGAAUCAUCAGAGAAGACGAAUAGGUCUCUGCUUGCUGAUGGAGUUGAGAUGGAAAAAAAUAAAGAAGAUAAUAUGAAGCAGAACAUAGAGAAGGUUACAGAAUACAACUCGAAGACAGAAUUGGAAGCACAGCUUGGCGAAACUUUGAACAAAUACAGUAUGUUGCAACAACAAUUUCAAGAAAUAACAAACUCCCGGAACGAACUCAUAGCUUUGGUCACCACUAAGCACCAAGAGAGCAUAGCAUACCACAACGAAAUACAGAGGCUCAAUCAAAUCCUUACAACAGAAAAUGAAAAACACCGAAACUUAGAUACCCAAUUCCACCAGCUCCAAACUAAGAUGGCUGAAGACUUGGAUAGCAUGAAACAAGAGAUGGAAAAGCUGACCGAUCAGAACAGCUUCCUGAAGCAAAAAUGCGAAGUAUUGGCAAAAAACCUGCUGGAAGAACAGUCCAAAGUGCAACAGUUCGCUUCAGAUAAGUCGGAUAAAGAAGUCGCCUUGCAGAAGAAACUGGACAGGCUGCAGAGCCAUCUGGUGGAGCUGGAAGACCACCAUACCCAAGAACUAUACCAGGCUGAGCAGAAGAACGCGGCGCUGCAAGCGAGAGUGACAGAUGUGGAAGAGAGAGAGAAGAACUCGAGCACGAUCUAUACGUCUGUCAGCAUCAGGGCCAAUCAGCAGAUAGCUGUCGAGAAACAGAUCCAGGAGGAUCUGAAAAGGGAGAUCUCCAGCUUGAAGCUGCAGCUGGAGGAGAGCAACCAAGGCUUGCAGGCAGCCUCUAGGCUAUCCGACCAAUUGGAGAACUCCAAGAAAACAGUUUCGACGCUGAAAGACGAAGUAUCUCUGCUACAAUCCAAACUAUCCAAAGCAGACGAGGACCUGAAAUCCGCCUCCACCCAAACCAACGAGAAAGUCGACAAAUCCCUAGUCAAAAACCUGAUUAUCGGUUUCGUCACCUCCAACAGCAACCUGAACAAAGACCAAACACAAAUCCUGAAGAUCAUCGCCACUGUCCUCGACUUCAACCAACAAGAACACGACAAAGUUGGCCUGAAUAAAGCCCACACCGGUUCGUGGUUAGGCUCCUUUUUGGCACCUGACAGCAGCCAGCAUAAUAGGCUAUCAGCGGAGUCUUUGUCGCAGGCUUUCGUUAGGUUUUUGGAGAACGAGUCGAAGCCUAGAGCGGUGCCUGAUUUGCUCGGUGCUUCUGGUAGUUCGGAGGCUGCGACCAAUAGUAGGCGGGAUACGCCUAGGCAGUCGCCGAUUGUUUUGAGCGAAAUCGUGUUGCCUACUUUCGCUGAUUUUGCUACCAAUAGGAAUUCCAGUUCGAUAUUGAAAGAUGUCUUGAAGGAUAACAGCUGAUAUGAGGUGUAGGCUGGCUGGGUUUUGUUGUAUUAUCGUUAUUGUAUUAUAAUUGUAUGCAUAGUAUGUUGAUAUUUUAUUAAUCUUUUAUUUGUACAUACUUAACCUGAAAGUGAUAUAUUUUUAUGUAAAUAUGAAUACAGAUUUAUUAAGCA